AAGGGGCCGGUCAUUGGCUAACCGCGUACAUAGCAACAAGACCCCAUGGAGACGAGCCAAACAAAGUGCUACACUGCCAACGGAGAGGACUACAGGGGCUUCCAGAACCAGACCAGCCUGCACGGUGGUAAACCCUGCCUCUUCUGGAAUGAGACGUUCCAGCACCCUUACAACACCCUCAAAUACCCCAAUGGAGAGGGUGGUUUGGGCAGCCACAACUACUGCAGGAAUCCUGAUGGGGACGUUCAGCCGUGGUGCUACAUUGCAGACCAUGAAGACGGCAUCUACUGGAGAUACUGCGACAUCCCUACAUGCCAGAUGCCUGGGAACUUGGGCUGCUUCAAAGACAGCGGAGACCCGCCCACUCUGUCCGGCAGCAGCGAGACCUCCAACAAACUCACCAUCCAGAACUGCAUUAGCUUCUGUAGGAAGCAGAGAUACAAGCUUGCCGGCAUGGAGUCAGGAUAUGCCUGUUUCUGUGGCAACGAAGUUGACCAGCCUGACCACGGCGAGUCCCCUAGCAUGGAGUGUAACCAUGUUUGCUUCGGCGACCACACCCAGCCCUGCGGUGGAGACGGCUGGGUCAUCAUUUUCGACACCCGAGUCGGAGCCUGCGGAGGAAACUAAUCCGCUCCAUCAGGAGUGAUCUACUCACCUGAUUUUCCCGACAAGUAUGGAGCUGGCCGUGUUUGCUACUGGACUGUUCAGGUUCCUGGAGCCUAUGCCAUCCUCUUCAACUUCACCUUCUUUGAGAUCUCUGACCAGACCGACAUGGUGGAGCUACUGGAUGGCUACAGCAACCAGGUGGUGGCACGCUUUGACUGGCGCAGCCCGCCGAGGGAGCUGGUGAACAUCACCGGGGACUUUGUCAUACUGUACUUCUACUCAGACCGCACCAACCAGGCCCAGGGAUUUGCUCUGCUUUACCAAGCACUGAGAAGCCAAGACACCAGAACAAUGGAGGCUGAAGGAGAUGAGGAGGAUGAAGGAGAGGGCGUCUCCAGCACGGCGGGGCCCCAGGUAGCUGGUGGCGUCACCGAGAGAGCCAACAGCACUUCUAACGGACGCUCCACCCAAAUCCUCUACGUGAUCACGUCCAGCCCCGGUAAACCGGAGCACAACAUGCCAGGUCAGUGGGCUGGACGCGGCGAGACCACCGGCCACAGCGCUAUGUGGACCAUUUACGCUCUGGCUGCUCUUCUCAUCCUGACAGUCAUAGCCAUGGUGGCGAAGCUGCUGCUGCAUAUCACGGUCAAGUCCCCAAACAUCCCAACAGUCAGCGGUUCAGACAGCUGCAGCCAGAGCACGGCAUCCUCUGAGCCUUGGAUCAUCCUCUACCGACCCUCCACCAUCUCCCUCUUCAAGAAGAAGCUAAAGAACCACCACGGUGACCUCAGCCCCCUGGUGGGCAACUAGCGCCACUGUCGCGCUCCACCGUUAACCAAAUGCUACCGCCACCCACCGCCACUCUGUACAAGGGCCGUCAGAUGCCAGGCCCUCAGACAAUGAAACUAUACGAGGCGCUACGCCAACAAGCCAACAACUGAGUGGCUAAUGACAACUGACUGAGUGACUGCUACUAAACGGCCCGUGGGCCAAAGUGGCCGGGCCCUCCCAUCCUGCCCAGCACCAAAGAAGAGGUGGACAGGCAGGGCUGUCAGUGACCUCAAUGUGGGAAAGGAGGGCAAAGGAGUACAGUAGAUGGAGGACAAUCUGCAGCUCUGACAAAGAUACAAGGACGCUUUUAACAUGCGGGAAGCUUCUCUGCUUCAGCGAGGCUCUUUUUCCAUCACCCACGGUCGUCCCUAACAAUCAACAUACCUCCAAAAACCCUCCAGACUGCAGGCUCACCAGUGAAAACACAACCUAGCCCGGUGCAGAUUAAUGGCUAACUUCACUGUCUGUGUUCAGUUUAGGAAACAGGGAGGCUUACCUCUUCCUGGUGCUUCAGAGUCACAGCGGCAGCCAACUCUUCAUCAGUACCAAGGAGAGGAUGAGGAAAUGGAUACACACACACAUAUGGUGUAACACUUAACAGCUUAACAGUUUUGUAGAACUCUUCUAACUGCCUCACGUGGACGACAAACACUUGCAGCCAAAAACCAGAAUCCUCCCAUCCAAAGAGUUAUAUAUUUAUUUGUCUUUUUGAUUCCAUAUGCAAAGUGCUAAUGUUUCUUUUGAUGUGUUUUACGUGAUAACAAGCUUUCUGAGGAGCGGGAACCGGGACACGGAGCCGUCACACACAAGGUAGAUAUCAGAACACUUUGGGGAUGAAUCACUCUCCGUAACACGAAAAGAUCAGAGAGACAGAGAGACAGAGAGAGCGUGCGCUCGCCCACGCAUUCACUUGGUGUUCAUGUGGAUUUGGGUGGAGAGAUAAGUAGCGUCAUUCACUUGGGAGGUUGGGUGGUGCAGUUUGCAGACAAACUGCCAUUUAGGGAGGCUUGGGAAGAUCUGAGGGCUUUUUCUGCUCGGGUGUGGGUGGGAGUCUUUCCGGUUUGAUGGUGUUCAAGUGCCUUAAGGAUCUCCUCUUCGUUUGUCUCAGAUGCAUCACAUCUGUUUCUUUCACGGGGUCCCUCACAAGAGUCUGCACUUCUUUAAAAUUAGCGUGGAUGUGAGUUUCAUUCCAAAAUAGGAUUUCCACCACUUAGAUGUAAUGUAAAAAAAAUGAUGCCACAUCUUGUACAGUGAUUGAAAGCAUUUCACAUUCGUCUUUUUAGUACACGCAACUAAACACCUCUCCAGACUGGAUCUUUUACAUUUUUAUUACAUGAUGGACAGUAGAUGAUUUUUUUUGUUUUGUUCUCCAAAAUGAACACAUAGCCUUUUGGGAUAGAGCUCUUCAUGUAGUAACGGACAAGGCUUUAAAAGACAUUUUUGUUUCUAAUUUCUGUGUGUGCUCUUAUGUGUAGUCUUGGACAUUUACUGAACAUAUUGUUCACAUUAAGUUGUCUUUUGAUUACAGGGGGGAUGAAUAUUGUUGUAUAUUAUGUAAUUCAGUGUGGGAAUGAUGAUAUUUAUGUCCACUCUUUCAUUUUGUGUUUCAGCAAAGCAUUUGAGAAACCUGUUAAAGCACUUCCUUGUCAACUUAAAGGGUAAUUUUGGUAACUUUCAUCCUGGACCUUAUUUUUCCAUGUUUCUGAGUCUACGUGACUAAUGGAGAUGAGUAAUUUUAGAACAGGUCCAGUAUGGAACGGGAGUGCUGUCGAUGGCAGAAGCAAAACAGGCUGCAAUGUAAGCAUUCAGGGCAACUGUGCACCAAUCAAUUAUGUCCACUAAAAGAGGCUCAGAUUGUAAUUAUACGUGUGAUAACAGAGAAACAUUUUCGCUUGAACCAUUCUGUUUGUUAUUGUGUUUAACCAAGUCUCCCUGGAGGAGAAGUCUCGUUCUGUAAUCUCCUGAGAGAUGACUCAUUGCAGGAAAAACAAUGGUUAAAACUUUAAAGUCUGUGUCCGUCCAGGCAGCGCUCGAACUUACCAAAUUAGUCGGCAACAAGUUUUAGAGAGAGACUUAAGUAAGAGAUAUAAAAAAAGAGAAGUAAUGACCGUAACAUUUUCACUGGCCUCCCUGUUGCUUUCUACUGUUUGCUAACCUGUUUUCCAGCCCGUCUGUGUAGUCUGUCACACAUUAGAAGGAAAUAAAAAGCAAAAACACACAGAAAGACACUGGCAUGGGAAAAGAGUCUAUUGCCCAUAUUUAGCAGGUUUUCCUGUGUUUAAAAAACUCGCAUACACACGCUAUAUUUGGUUGAUGAAAGGGUAUUAGUGUUAUCUUAAUGAUUUUCUAAAUAUUCAUGGCUGAGUUUUUAGCUUAUUUCGACAAUCUGAAAAUGUCAGCGAGAUUUCAGGAAGUGGCUUCUCCUUGAGCGAGACUCUUAGGAUGCAUUCACACUGGCUCUAUUUAGUCCGCUUUAAACAAACCCUGGUCCACUUCCAAGGAUAGUUCGGUUCAUU